UCCCAGAAAACAUUGACUCACUGCAUCCCAGCAUCCUGACAGGGCUAUGUGUCUGCAAUGAGAUCUCCUCAGCUGGAACUACGAGGUUGCAAUGGAAUUGAUGGUUGUGAGGCUGUUUUACCUUCCCUGAGUUGUGCUACCACCUGUACUGCCUGCCGGGAACAGGGGUGGGAGCACUGGGAUCACUGCCCAGCACCUGGCACGGGGCAGUGUUGCUGAGGAAGCAGCUGGAGCCGGGGGGUUUGCAUGUGCAUGAGGAGUUUUCUGCAGAAGCUUUAAGACUAAAUUGCUGAGAAUUUUUGCCUGAAGCAAGGGAUGUUUCCCCGUAUUUAAGACAAGCAGCAACCUGCAGUCAGAAGGAAGAAGAGACUGUAUUUACUCCAGAAGUAUUUCUCUGAGAUCUAUUUUCAAGGGACCAAGAGAGGAGACGGUGAGAAGAAGGUGAGAUGGUCCCAAGAGGCUUUGCUGUUGGCAUCUGUCGUUUUCCGUGGAACAGGAAUCCGAGGCUUCUCUACGCUGAAUGUUCCUGUGUCCCAUCUGUUACCACACCCUGAAAUCAAACUCGGCAGCUUAGGUGAAUCAGGCACUGUACAAACAUGUCAGACUUGCCUCCACCCCUUUUUCUUCUCCCGCUUUCUCCUGCCGUCUUUCUCUCUCAAGUUUAUCGGCGUGUCAGCGGAUUCUGGUGGCGGAGCAUUCUCACUUCAUCUCUGGUCACGGAGCAAUGAGGAGUCAGGGGGAUGCUUCUGGAAGGAAAGAAAAACUGGGAGCCAGAUUCCUUUGGGAAGGAGUUUGCUUCAUCUUUACUCCUAUAGCCCAGCAACACCGUCCUCCAAUCGGCUUUACUGCAUGACAGUGGGAGAGUUUACCUCCAGACUCUUCUUCCUCCUCUCCCUUGGAACUGUCCACCACCAGCAUUGUUGCAGCAGGACUGCCAGGCAUUAAUGCUUUAAUGUAUUUGGGGACAGAGCACUGAAAAAACAGAAGAGCAAUUUGUGUCUGGCAUCAUGUUCCGUAAGAAGAAGAAGAAACGCCCGGAGAUCUCGGCCCCACAGAACUUUGAGCACCGUGUCCACACCUCAUUUGACCCAAAGGAGGGCAAAUUUGUGGGCCUGCCACCUCAAUGGCAGAAUAUUCUGGACACGCUGAGGCGCCCCAAGCCUGUGGUAGACCCUUCAAGAAUCACAAGGAUGCAGCUCCAGCCUAUGAAGACCGUGGUGAGGGGCAGCACCGUGGAAGUGGAAGGCUACAUCUCUGGGUUGCUCAAUGACAUCCAGAAGCUUUCUGCCAUCAGCUCGAACACUCUGAGGGGCAGGAGCCCCACCAGCAGGAGGAGAGCCCAGUCCCUUGGGCUCCUGGGAGAUGAGAGACCACCAGACAUGUACCUUCAGAGUCCUGAAGGAGACUGGGCAGACAAGUAUGGGAACUACCUCAACUGCAAUGGUGGGUCCAAGGUGGCCCGGAGGCAGACCAUGUGGCCGGAUUACAAAUCCCGCCUGGACGGGCAGUCUCAUCCCAACGGGAUGGUGACAAAAGCGCAGUCCCUGGGGCCAUCGGAGUUCCACGGCGCCGAUGGCAGCUGUCUGCAGCGCACCUCUGGGCUGCAGCAUGUGCCUGCUGUGCCGGGGGAGAGCGAGACGGCAAUGAAGAGCCCGGAAGAGGGCUGGCUUCAGCGACAGCCCAACGCCAGACCCUCAGGGGAGGGCAGCCCCAACUCCAAAUCGCGGGAGAACAGCCUGAAGAGGAGGCUCUUGCGCAGCGUGUUCCCCUUGACCAGCACCUCAAAUAAGCCAGGCCCUCCUCUGCAGAUCAAGCCUAAUGCCUUCUUCAAGCCCCAGCAGUGGGGUUCCCCGCACAGCCCUGCAGCCAAAGCCCAGUCUCUCCCCCCAGACCAACCUGCCUCCGAGUUCCCCAGGAUGAUCUCCGAAGCUGGGACCCCCCAGAAGUCCCCAACAGCAGAGAAGGCUGUGGCAGUGCCACCAGGCCGGCCCUCCCCAGCGGGGUCCCCCAGGAACCGGCAGACCCAGACCAGUUCCAGCAACCUCCACCUGCCCCAGGACUCUGCUGGGAAGGGGCAGCCAGCCAGCGAGGACCCUGUGGUUGUGACUCAUGAGCAGUUCAAAGCUGCCCUCAGGAUGGUUGUGGACCAGGGAGAUCCCAGGACAUUGCUUGAGAAUUACAUUAAGAUUGGGGAAGGCUCCACAGGAAUUGUGUGCAUCGCUCGGGAGAAGCACUCAGGGCGCCAGGUGGCCGUGAAAAUGAUGGAUCUGAGGAAGCAGCAGCGCCGGGAGCUCCUCUUCAAUGAGGUGGUGAUAAUGAGGGACUAUCAACACGUCAAUGUCGUGGAGAUGUACAAGAGCUACCUUGUGGGAGAGGAGCUCUGGGUGCUGAUGGAGUUCCUGCAGGGAGGAGCCCUCACAGAUAUCGUGUCUCAGAUCAGGCUGAACGAGGAGCAAAUUGCCACAGUGUGUGAGUCGGUGCUGCAGGCUCUGUCCUAUCUCCACUCUCAGGGGGUCAUUCACCGAGACAUCAAGAGCGACUCCAUUCUUCUGACACUGGAUGGCAGGGUCAAACUCUCUGAUUUUGGCUUCUGUGCUCAGAUCAGUAAAGAUGUACCUAAAAGAAAAUCCUUGGUGGGUACUCCUUAUUGGAUGGCUCCAGAAGUCAUUGCAAGGAUACCAUAUGCCACUGAGGUGGAUAUCUGGUCCCUAGGGAUCAUGGUGAUAGAGAUGAUAGAUGGAGAACCCCCUUACUUCAGUGAUUCUCCAGUCCAGGCAAUGAAGAGACUCCGUGACAGCCCUCCUCCCAAACUAAAAAACUUCCACAGGACCUCCCCAGUUCUGAGAGACUUCUUGGAAAGGAUGUUGACACGGGAUCCAUUGGAAAGAGCAACGGCACAAGAACUUCUGGAUCACCCCUUUUUGCUCCAGACGGGACUUCCGGAGUGCCUGGUGCCCCUUAUCCAACAGUACAGGAAGCGCACCUCCACCUGCUGACUGUUUAUAAGGGGAAACUCUAGGGAAAAGGAAUGUUUAUAAAAAAUACAUAGAAAAAAUUAAGACCCCAGGCAGUCUCAACUUGUGAAUGGUGCUUGGAACUUGACAGUGAUUGUUUUGGAGGACAAAUGUGAAUCCUGUCCAUGCAUCCUCAGCCUUCUGUGGCUUCUCCUUUGCUGAAGACAAUCAAUACAGACUAGAUCUAAGUGAGACCAAGUCUGUCUCAAGGAUAAAGCGGGUAUUCCAUGGCUUGUGGAUCACUGCUGCUGAAGGAUGGCAUUCGAAAGUGGAGUCUGAAGUUGUGUUUCUGAAUGUCUGUGGGUUUCUGCACACCCGGGCUGCUGACUACUGAGCUGGAACAAUAUUUCCCACUUAGAAAUGUGAUCUUUGUUUCCUUCAUUGUGCACUGGAGCCAUGAGCUGACUCACUUUGGGGCACAGACCCCUUUAAACUCAAUGCACAAAGACUUUUUUUUCUCUCUGAGACCUUUUCACAGAUUAUUUUAAUUUCCCUUGGUUAAAUAUGGAUCUAGAAACCUGCACACACUUCCUUAGGGAGCAGAUGUGAUAUGUAUAUAUUUGUUUCUAAGUGGCUCUCUUGCAUCAACAUGCUUCUCUUUUGCUGCAGAAUGUGUAUAGUUUAGUGGUCAAUCUUGAAUCCAUUUCAUGAUUUUAAACUUUUGGAGGGGAAAACCCUUGGAUACAGUCCUCAAAGUGGACUCUAUGAAGACCAGGUGCUCUUACCACCAGGAUCUUAUGGUUAAAAAUUCACCAUUUGUAACAGUUUGUGUGCUGGUUGGAAUGUGAACAGCAUGUUCCUGUGGCUUACUUCUCCAGUCCUUUCUCCCUGGAGAGGCUGAGAAGUGCUGCCCUGGGGCAGUUACUGGGUAGCAUUUUGGGGAUGCUGUAGGAGACCAAAUGGAAAUAUUUGAGCUAUCCUUCGUAUCCCAGGAUUGAUUUUUGUGUUUGUGUGCUGCUGUCUGGCUAUUGGUCUGCCCUUCCCCAUCAGCCCGUUACAUCUGGAAGGUUUCUGGUUGUCUAAACAGGUCUUUCAGUUAUUUUGACAUAGUUUUAGGUAUUUUGUAUGCUGCACUCUCUGAUUAGUAAGAUCCUCAAGGUAAUUGGGCUUUAGGUCGGGAUUAACAUUGUACAGUGAUGGUGGUGUGUGUUGUUGUGAGGUCUCAAGAAUAUAUUCGUAGAUGUGGAGCUGGGAUCUUGUUUUGAAACUCCAGAUACCAAGGUUUUGGACUUUUAGUUAUUCUCAGGACAGUCCUGCUGUCUCAGAAACUGACCUCAGAACUGCAUUUUCUUCAGAAGAUGUUUAUAACCUCUGUCCUCUGCUAUUUGCUCCAGCUACAGAUCCUGCUUCAAAAUUGAAGCCAUGGUUGAUUACUUGAAGUAAUUUGGGAUGGAAUUCAUCUGCACUGCUGCCAGCCAUCAAAGGGUGGGCACCCAGUCUGAGGAAUGUGUAGGUUGGCUCUGUAGCCCAUGGGGAGAGGAACGCUCCUAGGUGAACAACUCCAGAGAUGGUUCAUCCCCCUGGUUCACACACCUGCUGAAGGACAAAAUCACUCUCUCAGUCUCACCCAUGGCCAGUAGAGAGGUCAUAGGGGGUUUCUGUAGACUGGAUGUCUAAGUUUGGGCUGAUGGAGUUGGUUGAAAUUAAUUCAUUAAGCUCCUCCUUAGCUGCACUGGAAAUUUUUUGAUGUAAAAUGUUUCUGUAUUCCAGAUAUAUUGAUUUUUUUUUUUUUAAUGCAAAGAAAGCAGGACUUGGAAAAAUUUAUAAUUUGAAACAAACAGUCCUGCUUGUCUUUAGUUGUGAAUCCUUUGCACUUGUGUCUUAAAUUAAAGUAGUUCUUGAUUUAUUCAU